CACCUAUCCCGGGCGGUCUUGAAUAUAUGUUCUGAUGCUGUUAAAGGUGUAGGAUAGUCUUGCAAUUACAAGGGAAAGAAACGGUCUUGUCUACCAGUACAAUGAGAAAAUACCCGUCCCUCCUCUCCCUGGCCCUGGUCUGCUGCUGCUGGAGCGUACAGGCUGAAGUCUUCACCUCUAUAGGUCAAAUGACAGACCUGAUAUACACAGAGAAGGAGUUGGUUCAGUCCUUGAAAGAAUACAUCAAAGCAGAGGAGUCCAAACUAGAUGCUGUGAAAAGCUGGGCCAACAAGCUGGACGUGCUGACGCGUGCCUCCACCUUAGACCCGGAGGGCUACCUGGCCCACCCUGUUAACGCCUACAAGCUGAUGAAGAGACUCAACACGGAGUGGUCCGAACUGGAGAGCCUGGUGCUGCAGGACCCUUCAGACGAGUUUAUCUCCAACAUGACAGUACACAGGCAGUACUUCCCUGACCAGGAGGAUGAGAAAGGUGCUGCCAAGGCACUGAUGCGUCUCCAGGACACGUACAAACUGGACUCUGAGAGUUUCGCCAGGGGCAAACUGCCAGGGAUGCACCACAACGCCAUCCUGACGGUGGAUGACUGUUACGACAUGGGGAAGACAGCUUACAACGAGGCAGACUAYUACCACGCAGUGCUGUGGAUGCAGCAGGCCCUCAGGCAGAUGGAUGCAGAGGAGGAGCACGUGGUGUCCAAGGCCGAUGUCCUGGACUAUCUCAGCUACUCCGUCUACCAGAUGGGAGACCUGUCCCGCGCCAUCGAGCUGACACGCCGCCUAGUGGCCAUCGACUCUAGCCACCAGAGGGCAGGAGGAAACCUGCGUUACUUUGAGAAGCUGCUGUCCAAGCAGCUGAACGAGCUGAACCAGGAGGGCCAGGAGCCAGCCACAGAGGAGCCCAUCCAGCUGGGGACCUACAAGAGACCCAAUGACUACCUGCCUGAAAGGGAGAUCUACGAGGCCCUGUGCAGGGGAGAGGGAGUCAAAAUGACCACUGAGAGGCGCAGCCGGCUGUACUGCCGCUACCAUGACGGGAACAGGAACCCUCGUCUGCUGCUCCAGCCCAUGAAGGAGGAGGAUGAGUGGGACAGCCCACACAUCGUCCGCUACCUCAACGCUCUGUCAGACCAGGAGAUAGAGAAGAUCAAGGAGCUGGCCAAGCCCAGGCUUGCAAGAGCUACUGUUAGAGACCCCAUAACAGGCGUUCUGACCACAGCAAACUACAGGGUAUCCAAAAGUGCGUGGCUGGAGGGGGAAGAGGACCCUGUUAUUGAACGCGUCAACCAAAGGAUAGAGGACAUCACAGGUCUGACAACGCAGACUGCCGAAUUACUCCAGAUUGCUAACUAUGGGGUCGGAGGACAAUACGAGCCACAUUUUGAUUUCUCCAGGAAAGAGGAACCUGAUGCUUUCAAAACAUUAGGCACUGGAAAUCGUGUGGCUACUUUUUUAAAUUACAUGAGUGAUGUUGAAGCUGGAGGAGCCACUGUGUUCCCAGACUUUGGAGCAGCUAUCUAUCCCAAAAAGGGAACUGCAGUCUUCUGGUACAACCUCUUUAGGAGUGGAGAGGGAGACUACAGGACCAGACACGCUGCCUGUCCUGUGUUAGUAGGAAGUAAAUGGGUGUCCAACAAAUGGAUCCAUGAGCGAGGUCAAGAGUUUAGGAGGCCAUGUGGCCUGACAGAAGUGGACUGAACCGAACCUCUCACCACUGACCUCAGACGGGAGGUGUACACUCUACCUACAGUGCCUGAACAUUUUAUUGAUCUCUCUCUCUCACACACACACACACACACACACCCCUACUGUGGUAUCCAUUCUGGCUUUUAACAAUGAGUUGAGUCUUGGCUCUUCAGUACCUAUGCAGAUAAAAGGAGGUGGAUAUGUGAAUAUACUGUGGGUAUAUGGCGUUAAAGGCUCUAAUUUCUUGUUUUGUUUACUUGUUGUUUGUUUAGCAUUAUGAUUAUUAUUUUUUUUUUUUAAAUGACAUGCAUAAUCACAUACUGACAGCACAACCCUAUGAGAACUUACUGUUUUCUGUCCACUACAUUUGUAUUUACAGACUGCUUAAAUUAUUACACCGUAUGAUUGUGACAUUUUUUAAAUAUGGAAAAUGUGAACCACAAGAAACAGUGUCUUUUAUUAAUGCCCCAAUUCAGUCCUUUUCAUUUUAUUUUUCAAUCAUCACUUUUGUCUACUAAAUCUCAGUGAUCCUCCUUGGGCCACUGAAAUGUUCAGUCCGACUGUGUUGGCGUGGUGAUAUAAAUUUGAAUAUAUUUA